CUCUCUCUCUCUCUCUCUCUCUCUCAGUCCCGCGUUGCCGGCUCGCUACGCUCCCCCUCUUUUCUGUUUUCGAAUCCCUAAAUUUGUACCGCCACUGCGCCCCUCUCCAUUUCCGCCACCGCAGCGUCUUCACCGGCCCAUCAUUCUUUCAGUUCUUGGUUUUCUUGGUUGUUGGUUGAGGAAUACCAUCAGAUAUCUAACGCAAGGCAGGUGUAGUAGGUCAGAAUUCUCUAGUCGGUAGAUGGAGGAAACUGUACUUCCAGGAAAGAGGAAGCUACCAGAGCAAGAUUCCAAUAACAAUUCUGUGUUGGCCGAUGAAACUACGAAGGCUGAACCCAUUCCAAAGCGGAGGAACCUGUCACGUACAUGUGUUCAUGAGGUUGCUGUCCCAAAUGGCUAUUCUUCUUCCAAGGAUGAAGCCACCUUUGGAAGUCUUUCAAACCCUGUGUACGGUGGUCAGAUGGCCAAGACCUAUCCAUUUGAAUUAGAUCCUUUCCAAAGAGUUUCAGUUGCUUGCUUGGAGAGGAAUGAGUCUGUGUUAGUCUCAGCACACACUUCUGCAGGUAAGACCGCAGUGGCUGAGUAUGCCAUUGCGAUGUCCUUCAGAGAUAAGCAAAGGGUCAUCUACACCUCACCACUAAAGGCUCUGAGCAACCAGAAGUACAGAGAGCUGAGUCAGGAGUUUUCUGAUGUUGGGUUGAUGACCGGUGAUGUCACAAUUGCACCAAAUGCAAGUUGCUUGGUCAUGACGACAGAAAUUCUGAGAGGGAUGCUGUACAGAGGCUCUGAAGUGAUAAAGGAGGUAGCUUGGGUUAUCUUUGAUGAAAUUCACUACAUGAAAGAUAGGGAGAGAGGGGUUGUGUGGGAAGAGAGUAUAAUAUUUUUGCCCCCAGCCAUUAAGAUGGUUUUUCUUUCAGCAACCAUGUCUAAUGCCACAGAGUUUGCUGAGUGGAUAUGCAACUUGCACAAGCAGCCGUGUCAUGUUGUGUACACUGACUUCCGACCGACUCCACUGCAACAUUAUGUGUUUCCUAUAGGUGGCUCAGGUUUGUAUCUUGUUGUAGAUGAGAAUGAGCAGUUUAAAGAGGAUAAUUUUAUGAAGCUUCAGGAGACUUUCACAAAGCAAAAGGCUCAGGCAGAUGGAAACAAGAGCGGUGGAAAAGUGAGUGGUAGGAUUGCAAAGGGAGGGACUGGUUCUGCAGGUUCUGACAUCUACAAGAUUGUGAAGAUGAUUAUGGAGAGAAAGUUUCAACCAGUGAUUAUUUUCAGCUUUAGUAGAAGGGAGUGCGAGCAGCAUGCUAUGUCCAUGUCAAAGCUAGAUUUCAACAGCCAAGAGGAAAAAGAUGCUGUUGAACAGGUUUUCCGCAAUGCAGUCCUCUGUUUGAAUGAAGAAGAUAGAACAUUGCCUGCUAUAGAACUGAUGUUGCCACUUCUUAAACGAGGUAUAGCAGUGCAUCAUUCUGGCCUUCUUCCGAUAAUCAAGGAAUUGGUGGAGCUUCUCUUUCAGGAAGGACUUGUGAAAGCCCUUUUUGCUACUGAAACAUUUGCCAUGGGAUUGAAUAUGCCAGCAAAAACAGUUGUCUUUACAUCUGUUAAGAAAUGGGAUGGUGAUAGUAAUCGGUACAUUGGAUCUGGCGAGUAUAUACAGAUGAGUGGAAGAGCUGGACGUCGCGGCAAAGAUGAACGUGGUAUAUGUGUGAUAAUGAUUGAUGAAAAGAUGGAAAUGAACAUACUCAAGGACAUGGUUUUAGGUAAACCUGCUCCAUUGGUCAGUACUUUCAGAUUGAGCUAUUAUUCAAUUCUGAAUUUAAUGAGCCGUGCGGAAGGUCAAUUUACUGCUGAGCAUGUCAUUAAAAAUUCAUUCCACCAGUUUCAGUAUGAGAAGGCAUUACCAGAUAUGGGACAAAAGAUCUCAAAAUUGGAACAGGAAGCUUGUUUGCUAGAUUCUUCUGGAGAGGCUGAACUUGCUGAGUAUCACAAGCUGGGACUUGAGGUAGCUCAACUUGAAAAGAAAAUUAUGUCUGAGAUCACCAGACCUGAAAAGGUUCUGAUGUACUUGGUACCUGGUAGGCUGGUUAAAGUACGAGAUGGUGGAACGGAUUGGGGUUGGGGAGUGGUGGUAAAUGUGGUGAAAAAACCUCCCACAGCGUCAAGCACUUUGCCUCCCGCUUUGGUGUCUGCACGUGGUAGUAGUGCUUAUAUUGUGGACACUUUGCUGCACUGCUCUCCUGGUUUAAGUGAAAAUGGCUCGCGUCCAAAGCCAUGUCCGCCACGUCCAGGGGAAAAGGGUGAGAUGCACGUGGUUCCUGUACCAUUGCCUCUGAUCUCUGGUCUCAGUAGUAUCAGAAUUGCAAUUCCUUCUGACCUCCGACCAGCAGAAGCAAGGCAAAAUGUACUUCUUGCUGUUCAAGAGCUAGGAAAUCGAUAUCCACAAGGACUACCAAAGCUGCAUCCAGUGAAAGAUAUGGGCAUCAAGGAUCCUGAAUUUGUUAACUUGGUUAAUCAAAUUGAAGAAAUUGAGCAGAAAAUAUUUGCUCAUCCGCUGCAUAAGUCUGGUCAAAGUGAACAGCAGUUCAAGUGGUACCAAAGAAAAGCUGAGGUGAAUCAUGAAAUCCAGCACAUUAAGUCAAAAAUGCGUGACUCGCAAUUGCAAAAAUUUCGUGAUGAGCUGAAAAAUCGUUCUCGAGUUCUGAAGAUGCUUGGUCAUAUUGAUGCUGAUGGUGUCCUCCAAUUAAAAGGGCGUGCUGCCUGUUUGAUAGACACUGGGGAUGAACUUCUGGUCACUGAGUUGAUGUUUAAUGGUACAUUUAAUGAUCUUGAUCACCACCAAGUAGCUGCCCUCGCAAGUUGUUUCAUUCCUUGUGAUAAAUCCAAUGAACAAAUACAUUUAAGGAAUGAACUGACAAAGCCUCUACAGCAACUUCAGGAUAGUGCUCGAAGAAUUGCACAGAUACAACGAGAAUGCAAAUUGGACAUAAAUGUGGAGGAGUAUGUGGAAUCAACUUCUCGGCCAUAUUUGAUGGAUGUAAUAUAUUGUUGGUCAAAGGGUGCAUCAUUUGCUGAGGUAAUUGAGAUGACUGAUAUUUUUGAAGGGAGCAUAAUACGGCUUGCCAGACGAUUGGAUGAAUUUUUGAAUCAGUUGCGUGCUGCUGCUCAUGCUGUUGGAGAGGUUGAUCUAGAAAAGAAGUUUGAAGCGGGAAGUGAGAGCCUACGACGAGGUAUAAUGUUCGCCAACUCCUUGUACUUGUGAGAAUUGGAAUCUGUAUCAUGUAAGGCGUG